AUGUCGGGACUGCAGAGUCUGAAGGUUUUCAUCAGCCAGCGGCUCACGGCUGCUGUGGACGAGGUCCUGGGACACUUGGAGCGAACCAUUCGGGAGUACGAGGAGACGGAGCGGCGGCACCGGGACCUGCUGCUGCUAACGGGGCAGAGGAAGCAGCGGAGGGCAGAAAUCACCAAGUUUACCUUCAGUCCUGUUUCAGUGAAGACUGAGGAUGAUGAGGAGAAACCACAGUCCUCACAGCUUCAUCACAGACACUCUGUGGGAGGACCAGAACGAGGACUAGAAGCACAUGUGCAGCCGGGUACUGCUGACCGGAUGUCACACUUCUCUGAACCUGGAGUUGCUGUCAGCACUGUGGGAUGGAAUAUCUGCCAGAAGUCCUUCAGCUGCUCUGAGUGCGGGAAGAGGUUUGGCUUUAAGGGGCAGCUGGAGGCUCACAUGAGGUGUCACACAGGUGAACGGCCGUUCAGGUGUUCGGUUUGUAAGAAAUGUUUCUCGUGGAGUGGACGUUUGCAGAAGCACAUGAGAAUCCACACAGGGGAGAAACCUUUCAGCUGCUCAGUGUGUGGUAAAAGUUUUGUGGAAAGUGGAAACCUGAAGGUGCACAUGAGGAUUCAUACUGGAGAGAAACCAUUUGGCUGCUCUGUGUGUGGGAAGAGAUAUGCUCAAAGGGGGAAUCUGCAGCAGCACAUGGUGGUCCACAGAGGAGACCCAGUGUUAAGCUGCAACGUCUGCAACAGGAGGUUCACCUGGCUUUAUCAACUCAAUAGCCAUGAGUGUAUUCGUCAGUCCUCACAGCUUCAUCAAAACCACACAGAGCAGAAAACGCACCCUGUCCAAGGACCCAGACCAGAACCAGAUGCAGAUGUGCAGCCGGGUACUGCUGACUGGGCCUCACACUGCUCUGAACCUGGAGUUGCUGUCAGCACUGUGGGAUGGAAUAUCUGCCAGAAGUCCUUCAGCUGCUCUGAGUGCGGGAAGAGGUUUGGCUUUCAGGGACAGCUGAAGGCUCACAUGAGGUGUCACACAGGUGAACGGCCGUUCAGGUGUUCGGUUUGUAAGAAAUGUUUCUCGUGGAACAGAUGUUUACAGAAGCACAUGAAAAUCCACACAGGGGAGAAACCUUUCAGCUGCUCGGUAUGUGGUAAAGGUUUUCUAGAACGUGGGAACCUGAAAGUGCACAUGAGGAUUCACACCGGAGAGAAACCAUUUGGCUGCUCUGUGUGUGGGAAGAGUUAUGCUCAAAGGGGAGGUCUGACCAAACACCUGGAAGUACACAGAGGGAAGAAAUGAUUCAAGGGUUUGUUUGAACAUCUC